GUCUCUGUGGUCUGCACGUGCGCAUACGUGUGUGCGCCUGGCUCUGGGUCAUGAGUCCCCCCAUCUCCUAGGAGAGCGUGCAGGUCAGCUGGGAGCUGGGUUGUUUUUGUUUGUGGUUUGCGGGGGGAAGGGGGGCUGCGGGUGCCAAGCCUGAGAAACUACCCACUGAGAAGUCCCCGGAAGCACCUGUGCGUUCUCUUCCCCUGGCCCAGUGUGAAGGGCUAGCAAGGAGGGGAGUUUCUCUUGCUUCUCUCUUGCCUGUGGGGAGAGGUUGUGCUUAGGCCGAAUUUUAUCCAGUAAGUCCACUGACCGCCGCACCCUCUAGGAUCCAGAGACUUUGGGCUAGGCUUGGCAAAGGGGGUCAGGAGUGUUUAGAAAGGAUACCUGAGUAGAGGAGAUCGCCAGCCUUCUGGUUGGUUUUUCCUGUUCUCAUUUCCUGUGAUGACAGUGGGGGAGGGGCUCCCCAGCACUAGGGCCUCUGCACCGUUUCCCCUUCUUCCUGGUGACCUUCUGGGGCCCAGGCCUGAGCCCUGUAGGACACAGAGAGACAAGGUAGCUCAGCCCUUAGGACUGAGUCCUUUGGGGAUUCCCAGGGAUAGCGGAGGCAUUUAGGGGUGGGAGCCCCCAACUCCACUCCCCUUAGCCGAGGCCAGCCAGGCUGCGGAAGGCUCCAGUUGCACCCCGUCCGAGGGCUGAGACCCUCAAAGGGGAGAACACGGUAAGCUGUGUGUCCUGAGGCGCCCCCAAGUCACCAAGCUACUAACAGGAGAGAGUGGGACAUCUUCUCGACCGGCUGUCUGUGCGCAGACCCCAGAGUACCGCCUGCCCCACCAUGACUGGGCCACUGAAGAGGAAGUUUGACCAGCUGGAUGAGGACUCCUCCUCGCUCUGCUCAUCCUCCUCCUCUUUGUCCUCCUCGGGCCGUCCUUCUCGCUCCUGCUCUCCAAGCUCUUCAGUCUCCCUGGCCUGGGACUCCGAUGAGGAGGGCCCCUGGGAUCAGUUGCCCUUGCCUGAUCGGGACUUCUGUGGCCCCCGGAGUUUCACCCGUCAGAGCGGGACGAGAGGAGAGGAGAAGCCAUUCAGCAUCGUCUUCCUGGAGGUCUGCCAUCCUGUCCCUCACAGAGAACUAAUGCCCUGCCCCUUCCCUCCGUGCCUUCCAGCCCUGUCCAUCCUGAAGCGGGCUCCCCGGAAGCGGUCGGGCCACGUCGCCUUCGAUGGCAUCACCGUCUUCUACUUUCCGCGGUGCCAGGGCUUCACCAGCGUGCCCAGCCGUGGUGGCUGCACUCUGGGUAUGGCCCCUCGCCACAGCGCCUGCCGCCGCUUCUCCCUGGCUGAGUUCACGCAGGAGCAAGCCCGGGCACGGCGUGAGAAGCUGCGCCUACGCUUGAAGGAGGAGAAGCUGGAGGCGCUACGGUGGAAGUGUGGUAUCCAUGGUGCCCAGCCCAGAGGAAGCCUGUGGGGAACAUUUGUCCAGGGACUGAUGGCUGCGGGGGCCAAGACCCCUGACUGUCUCUCCCAUCCCUCCUCCCUCCCGUGGGUACAGCUUGCAGAGACCGGGGUACCACUCACAGUGGACACCAUUGAUGACGCCUCCGUGGAAGAGGACUUGGCUGUGGCCGUGGCUGGUGGCCAUUUGGAGGAGAUGACCUUCCUACAGCCCUACCCGGCCCGGCGACGGCGGGCUCUGCUGCGGGCUGCCGGCGUGCGGAGGAUCGAUCGUGAGGAGAAGCGGGAUCUGCAGGCUCUGCGCCAGUCCCGGGAGGACUGUGGCUGUCACUGUGAUCGGGUCUGUGACCCCGAGACCUGCAGCUGCAGUCUGGCUGGCAUCAAGUGCCAGAUGGACCACACCGCGUUCCCCUGCGGCUGCUGCAGGGAGGGCUGCGAGAACCCCAAGGGCCGCGUGGAAUUUAAUCAGGCCCGCGUGCAGACCCAUUUCCUCCACACGCUCACCCGCCUGCAGCUGGAGCAGGGGGCUGAGAGCCUGGGGGAGCUGGAGGCCCCAGGCCAGGGCGGCCCAGCCAGCCCUGGUGAGCAGGUCCUGGCCCCCGCUUUCCCGCUGGCCAAGCCCCCCGGGAGCAGUGAGCUGGGAGACAACAGCUGUAGCAGCGACAUGACCGACUCCUCCACAGCAUCGGGCACGAGCGAGGCCCCGGGCAGCACCGCCCACCCAGCCCUGCCUGGCCCUGGCUUCCAGCCCGACAUGGAUGAUGACAGCCUGGCCCGGGUCCUGAGUCUCAGUGACUCGGACCUGGGCGGUGAGGAGGAGGAGGAGGAGGAGGACCGGGGGGUGGGGAACCUCGACAACCUCAGCUGCUUCCACCCAGCUGACAUCUUUGGAACUGGUGACCCUGGUGGCCUGGCCAGCUGGACCCACGGCCAUUCCAGCUCUAGCCUCACGUCAGGCAUCCUGGACGAAAACGCCAACCUGGAUGCCAGCUUCUUCCUCAACAGUGGCCUUGAAGGGCUGGGAGAAGGCAGCCUCCCUGGCACCUCGGUGCCGCCCAGCUCGGACGCUGGCCAGAGCAACUCCGUGGACCUCAGCUUGUCUUCCUGCGACUCCUUCGAGCUGCUCCAGGCCCUGCCAGACUACAGCCUCGGGCCUCACUACACCUCCCGGACGGUGUCUGACGGCCUGGACAACCUCGAGGCCCCCUCCUUCCCCUGGCCUGCCUUUUCUCCCCCCGGGGACGCUGGCGCUUGCUUCCUGGAGCCCGUCGUGGGCCUGCCGGACCCCGCUGCUGAGGCCCUGGCCCCCUUCAUAGACAGCCAGUUGUUUGAGGACACUGCCCCGGUGCCCCUGGUGGAGCCAGGGCCGGUGUGACAACCAGGGUACCUUUUCGCGGCCCCAAGAGCCCUGUUGCUGCUUUGUUGUAAUUUGGGGGCUCCCUGAGGUCUGUAUGUUAAGGGUUUCCCGUUGGCUGGCUCAUCCAUGCGGGCACUCCUGAUUUUUGUGCAACACUCUGGAUUGAUUUAUUUAUUUUUGUAACUUUCUGUGCUGAAGAGAGGGCGGGGAGGGGGCUUUCUCUUUUGGCCACCCGGACCCCCACUCCAUCCCCCAAAGCUCACACAGUCUCUCCUUCCAGUUCCAUGGUGUGUGCCCGGAACGGGAGGAAACAGGGCUCCCCUGGAGCUUUGCAGACCCCUUUUCGGUCUCGUAUGAUGUUCCUCAGCCCAAACCAGACGGGGCUGAAAUCAGCCACUUCUAAUGGUUUCUCCUGCCGCCCUGAGCCCCGACCCAUGGGUGGCUGUGUUUUCUGGACUGUGAAGACUAUAAUUUAUUUCCAUAAUUUAUUCGGAGACUAGGAGGCGUAGGCUUCUCCCCUCUGGCUGGUGGGCAGUGCUGGGGUUGGGGUGGGGCACAGACCCCUGUGAGUCCCUUCUGCCUUGUAGUCCUUCAGUCCUGCCCUACCUGGGCUUUGGUACAAACCAGGUGUGGAUUGGGGCCCUACGGUCCUACUGUGGCAGCUGCCUGGCUCCGGGCAGGUGGCCGAGGACAGCGUCUAGGUAGGGGGGCUGGGCUGACCAACUGUGACCAAAACCUGCUUCUGCCCCACACAGCCCCUUCUGCUUCCUGUCCUCUGCCUCAUCAUCUUCCUCCCCAAAGGCCACAGCCUUUAUUCUGGGCCCACUAAUGUAGAAGGGAAGCAGGAGAGAGGGCCCAGAGAGGGCAAGGGGCUAGCCUCGGGGCCCCCAGCACUCCCCUGACUACUGUCUCGGGGCUUUCUGGGCACUGCAUGCCCCAGCCUGGGCCACCUGCCCAUGCCCUGAGGCCAGUUGGCUGCAGUGAGGGGUGGCCCCUGUGGUUUUUCUGCCCUACGUUUGCUGAUGCUGAGUUGUGCAUCCUAAUUUCUGUAUCGUCCUUGAGUGUUAGAACUAUAAUUUAUUCAUUUUUCUCUAUGUCUGUGCCAAGAAGCCCAGGCUCUGGGCCUGCCUUCUUGCCCAGGAGGCCUUGCCAGCCUGCGUGCUUGUGGGAACACCUUGUACCUGAGCUUACAGGUACCAAUAAAGAGGCUCUAUUUUUAA